AUGUCUCCCUCUGCAUCCAUGUCGUUCGACCUCACGCACCUCACUCCUCAACAAAUUACCAGUAUCCAAGCUAUUGUGGCAUCCUCUACCACACAGAACAACCAGCCCUACCCUUCAUCUUUUCAAGCCUUGCAGCAGAACGUGCCAUUCGCCACUCAGCAGAGCCCAGUGUCCACUCAACCAUUCCCAAAUUCUCCAGUGUCUACCCAGUCAUCCACCUUGAAUGUGAAUUCCCAUAUAGCCACCAUAUUUUGCCCACAAUGUACUCAUACCUUCACCCCAGAAGACGGACCUCCGCCUCGCAUUGCAAAUUCUUCUCCUGUUACUCCUACCACUCUCAUUGGCAGUGUGAUCCAAGAAGAGUUUGAGAAUCGCUGGUAUGCCAUAAUCCGCGGUCAUCGAGUUGGAUGGGUGAAAGGCGACUCUUGUGCACGACUCCUGGUUAGCGGUGCACCCCAUAACUUCCAUAAAGGAUUUAGUACAGAGAAUGAGGUGCACUUGUUUUACAAGCAACAACGUGCAAUUCCUGGUACAGUUAUGGUUGUUGGCUCCACUCAGGCUGUUGCUGACCUCACUAUCCCUCCUGGAUGCAGAAUGCUUUUCCCCUAG